UCGUUUCUAGAAGAGCAGAAGACGCGUCAAGUGUGUUUUCGUACUGUUCUGGUUGUUAAAAUAUCAACUGCAAAUUUUUGGACUAUUUUUAAACUUCUCUGUUCACCCCUGACCCCACCUUUAAAAAUGGAGAAAAUAGAGAGAUUUAAAAAGAGGUCCGGCACUACUGAUAAAGGCAAAGAAUACGAGGAUGUGGCCGUCGCCAGUGUUAUACUAAAUUUACUAAAAGACCAGAAAGUAACGAACUUCCAUAUUUCAUCAAAUGAUGCAGAUUUUGGUGCGUUUGAUGACUUAGUUUUGAAACUAGAAUCGGAUGAGGGAAACGAAGUGCACGUAAAAGCUGUCCAAUUGAAGCACACCGCGACGAGAACACUGUCCACAAACAAUCUAGGUUCAAAAAAAGGAGAAUUUAGCAUAAAUAAAUAUUAUAAAAGUUUUGGAGAAAUUAACGAAGACGCGGAUCAAUUUAUAUUGUUUACCAACCGAUCGUUUAAGUGUAAGGACAAUGCAAAAUUUGAAUUGGAAGAAGAAGGGUUUUUUGUUAAAACCGUUAAAGCAAAACCGUCCUCAGAACUUACAGAGAAAUUAAAUUGUACGUAUCAAUUUGAAAUAGUAGAAGAAAAUUGGAAUGUAGAAAUGCUUCUCAAAAUUCGAGAAUAUCAAAAGUUCUUUGCUAAAUUCUAUCUUUACGCCGAUCAAGAAAAUGUUGAAAAUAUGAAAAAAACGGCAGCUGAAAAAUUCAUCAAAACAUAUUCUUCGAAUGAGGAAAUUUUCGACAAAUUCCUCAGAACAAUAUCUGAGUGGAAUAUCCAAGAUGGAAAUAAAGAAAAGCUUAAUAAAAGGUGGACGCAGCGUGUACUUACGCUGCAGCUUCUGUUUUCCCAAAUUGAGUCUUUAUCAUUUGGUGCAGUUAAUGACAACAUGAAGAUAUUUCGGGAGGCGAUUUCCUCGUUCACUAUUACACUUGUUGAAAAAAAAUCUUACGAAACGGUUAAACAACUGUGGGGUGAUGUUGGAAAAGAAAAAAACAUUGACCUUAAAGAACUAAAUAUGGUGAGGAAGAGGUAUCUGCCUAAUAUCAGGCACAUCACUGAUAGUAAUAUCGGUAACAUAGAUCCAAAGACAUUUGCGCAGCUGCUAUGGUUGAUGGAUAGAUGUCCAUUAGUAUUAAGUCAGUGUGAAAACGUAGAAAAGGCCAUUCAGCUCUGUCCCGACACGAAGUUCAUCUUGGUUGGCUCAGGUAAACAUGAGGACUGGAUGAAAACGUAUUCAGUGUUCCAACAUCUAUCAAAUUUAAAUAAGGAACAAGAUGUGCGCGAAAAAAUAAUGCAAAAUUUUACUGUAUCAAUUCAAGGAAAGGAGGAACUUGAUCUUGUGACACUUUUUGGAAGUGAUGAAGAAUUUUUAAAAAACGUUACAACAGACGAUUUGGUGGCAAUGCUAAACGGUCCAUGUCGUAUAGGCGGAGAACAAGAAACACUGCCGGAACCUUAUAUUCAACGCUAUCUUUCGCGAAAUAUUGUACAGAUCACAUAUUUAGAAACAGUCCAAGAAAACACAAUUAUUGUUUUAAAUUGUGAUAAUAACUUUGAUAAAGUAAAAGACAUACUAGGCAAAUGUAUAUUAAUUGAUAUUGAUAAGUUUUUAGAGAAAAAAAAUGAAUCUGUUGAAAAUCUAACAAAUAAUGAACUCUCUAUGUUUAGCUCUAGUUCACAUCUAUGCACAGAUAACUUUGACUUUAAUAAAUCGAAUUUGGCUAAUGUGGAUUUGUUUGACAAUAAAUUUAAUCUUGAUAAGUCAAACUUUACUCGAACUAUCUACGUAGGUAACCGACAUUAUAACGAUUCUGAACUUCAACAAAUUUACAACGAAAACAAAGAUACAAAACAGUUUCACUAUUUUCAACUUUUAAGUGACGGGAAUUUAGAAUGGAUUCAAAGCAGAGGUGAUUUUGGCGACAUAGAGGCUUAUAAGUUGUCUAACAAGUAUUCUAUGGAAGAAAACACGCUGUGGUCUUCUCGGUUAGAUAAUAGCAUCAAUCUAAUAACUGCCGAUCCGGGAAUGGGUAAAUCCGAGCUAAUGAAAAGCUUCAAAAAUAAAUGUCCACCGAAAUACUGGACGAUUAUAAUUGAUCCUAAAAACGUUAAUUCAUUCUUUCACAAAGCGAAUUUCCCUAAAACCGCAAAUUAUGCAGAUUUAUUUGAAAAAUUUAUCGCGGAGGAAAAAUCUCGGUCGCUCAGUAAAUUGGAUCGAGAUUUUUUCGAAAUGUGUGUUAAGAAAAACGACGUUAUUUAUUUGUGGGAUGCGCUCGACGAAAUUUUAAGCAAAAAUUUUGAUAUCGUGUUAAAUAUAAUCCUUGAUCUCUCAAGAAAAUAUUCCCGACAGUGGGUUACUAGCAGACGACAUUUGAAAACAUCUCUAGAAAAAAAAUUCAGUUUGCCGUCGCUUGGUAUAAAUCAGUUUAGCGAACAAGAACAAGAACAAUACAUUAGAAAACGACUGGAAUCUUUUAUUUCUGAAGACAGAAUGAACAUUACGCUCGAAAAAAUCAAAUCGUCGUUUGCCCUUGUCGAACAUGUAGACAUACUUGGUAUCCCGCUUCAAAUAUUCAUGCUCACUGAACUGUUCCGUGAAAAUAGCGACAAAUAUUUGAAACUGAUGGAAAACACAUUCCUUUUGACUGAUUUAUACGAUCACUUUAUUGAUGAAAAAUGUAAUAACUUUUACAAAGACAAAAUCGGAUUUGAUUUUGACAAUCCCCAAAUAGAAAAUAUAGUUCGUGGAGAGAAACGAAGGGCUUUAGAUUUGUACGAAAAUGUGGCUUUUAAAGUAAUAUUUCCCGAAGAAAUUUUGCACCGAUUAAAGAUUGACUACGAAAAAUGCAUAGAACAAAUUUUAGAAAGCUAUGCAGGUCUGGGUCUUGUAAAUGAAUUCCAAAAUAAUGUUCCGCAUUUUCUUCACAGUUCUUUCGCAGAAUUUUUAGUCGCUAUAUAUUUUUCAAAAAAAAUUAAAAACGUGAAAGACCUAAUUGCGGAUAUACUGUUCGACGCGAAGUAUAAUAAUGUCCGUUUCUUUUUUGAUAUGCUUUUGGCAAAAAAUUCAAGAGUUCACAUUGCCGUGUUGUACAAAGAUUAUAUAUUACUCCAAACGUACGACCACGAAAUUUUAACUCGCAAAGAUGACGGUGGCCGAAGUGCUUUACAUUUGCUUUCUUCAUGGGGGAAAAGGCAUCCAGUUGUAAAAGUGACGGGUGUCAAUGGGGAAUAUAUUGUCCACGUAGAUAUCAAUUUCGAUAAAAAGGGGGAAAAUAAAGUAUAUUUUGAAACGAUAACAUAUUUGCAAAGGAAGAAUGAUGUUAGCGAACGUGACAUAUUGUUAGAUGCGACGCCGUUGUCUUACGCUAGAAAAACUGAGAGCUUAGGGGCGGAAAUUAAACUACUUCAAACAAACAAAAAUGAAUUGGAAGAAUCAUGCGUUCACGAGGAAAUAAUAAACAUUCUGUAUUAUUCUUCUUUGCUUGGUUACGACGACGUGUGCAAACUAUUCACAGUGGAAGAACUAAAUAGUCUUUGGUGCGAACUGAAUUUUGUUACUACAGACUAUGCCACAACACCACUGCUGUUGGCCUGCGAAAAUGGUAAUUUAAAAAUUGUUGAAUAUUUUGUAAAAUCCGGUGUCGACGUCAACCGUGUUAAUGAAAACGGUGGAACACCACUUUAUAUAGCUUCCCUACGUGGUCACCAAGAAGUUGUGGAGUACUUGUGUACAGUUGGCGCCGAAAUCAAUCGUGCUGACAAUCAGGGUGGGACACCACUUUACGCAGCUUCUUUCAAUGGCCACGAAAAUGUUGUCGAAUACUUGGUGACAGUCGGUGCCGAAAUCAAUCGUUCUGAUGAUUACGGUGCGACUCCACUUAUACUGGCUUGUGUCAAAGGCCACGACAAAGUUGUCGAAUACUUGACGAAAACAGGCGCUGAAGUCAAUCGUGCUAAUAAUGACGGUGUCUCACCCCUUUUCGCAGCUUCCUUUAACGGGCAUGGAAAAGUUGUUGAAUAUUUAACGACAGUCGGCGCCGAAAUCAAUUCUGCUACUAACAACGGAAGGACACCAUUUUUCGCAGCUUCCACCAGUGGUUAUGAACAAGUUGUCGAAUAUUUGGCGACAGUCGGCGCCGAAAUUAAUGCUGCUACCAAUGAAGGUUGGACGCCACUUUACGCAGCCUCAUAUAAAGGCCACGAAAAAGUUGUUGCUUAUUUAGCGACGUUCAGCGCCGAAGUCAACCGUGCUGGCAAUGAUGGUACGACACCACUUAUCGUGGCUGCUUCCAAAGGCCACGAAAAAGUUGUCGCAUGCUUGGCGGAAGCGGGCGCCGAAAUUAAUCGUGCCACUAAUGACGGUGCCACACCACUUAUCGCAGCGUCCCUCAGUGGCCACGAACAAGUUGUCGAAUACUUGACGACAGUCGGCGCCGAAAUCAAUAGUGCUGAUAAUGACGGUAGGACACCACUUUAUCUAGCUUCCAUCAACGGCCACGACACAGUUGUUGAAUACUUAGCGACGGUCGGUGCCGAAAUCAAUCGUGCCGAUAAGGAAGCUAGGACACCACUUUACGUAGCAUCCAUGAACGGCAACAAAAAAGUUGUCGAAUACUUGGCGACAGUCGGCGCCGAAAUCAAUCACGCUAACAAGGAUGGUGCCACACCGCUAUACGUAGCUUCGCGAAACGGCCACGAAGAAGUAGUCGAAUACUUAGCGACAGUCGGCGCAGAAGUCAAUUUUGUAGCUAAUGACGGUGGGACACCACUGUACGCAGCUGCCGUCAACGGCCACGAAAAAAUUGUCGAAUACUUAGCGACACACGGCGCCAAAGUAAAUCAUGUUCAUAGUGACGGUACGACACCACUUGUCAUGGCUUCUUUCAAAGGCAACGAAAAAGUUGUCGAAAGUUUGGUUAAAGUGGGCGCCGAAAUCAAUUUAGCUGCAAAUGAAUAUACUACACCAAUAAUCGCCGCUUCCAUCAACGGCCACAAACAAGUUGUCCAAUACUUGAAGACAGUCGGCGCCGAAAUUAAUCGUGCUGAUAGUGGUGAUAGGACACCACUUCACUUGGCUUCCUACAACGGCCACGAUAAAGUUGUUGAAUACUUGGCGACGGUCGGUGCCGAAAUCAAUCGUGUUGAUAAUAAAGGAUGGACACCACUUCACGCAGCUUGCCUCCACGGCCACAAAAAAGUUGUCGAAUUCUUGACAACAGUCGGCGCCGAAAUCAAUCGUGCUGAAAAGAACGGUCUGACACCACUUUACAUUGCUUCGCGAAACGGCCACGAGAAUGUUGUCGAAUACUUGGCGACAGUCGGCGCCGAAAUCAAUUCUGCUACCAAUGACGGUAUGACACCACUUUACGCAGCAUCCAUGAACGGCCAUCAAAAAGUUGUCAAAUACUUGGCGACAGUUGGCGCCGAAAUCAAUACUGUUACUAAUGAAGGUUGGACGCCACUUUAUGCAGCUUCCAUCAACGGCCACGAGAAGGUUGUCGAACACUUGGCGACAGUCGGCGCCGAAAUCAAUUCUGCUGCUAAUGACGGUAUGACACCACUUUACGCAGCUUCCAUCAACGGCAACGAGAAGGUUGUCGAACACUUGGCGACAGUCGGCGCCGAAAUCAAUUUUGCUGCUAAUGACGGUAUGACACCACUUUACGCAGCAUCCAUGAACGGCCACGAGAAUGUCGUCAAAUACUUGGCGACAGUCGGCGCCGAAAUCAAUUCUGUUACUAAUGAAGGUUGGACGCCACUUUACGCAGGUUGCAUCAACGGCCACGAGAAGGUUGUCGAAUACUUGGCGACAGUUGGUGCCGAAAUCAAUUCUGCUAAUAAGUACGGUAGGACACCACUUUACGUAGCGUCAUUCAGUGGUCACCAAAAAAUUGUGGAAUACUUAACAACAGUCGGCGCCGAAGUCGAUCGUGCUGACAAUUCUGGUUUGACACCACUUCACGUAGCUUCCAUCAACGGCCACGAAAUGGUUGCCGAAACUUUGGUGACAGCCGGGGCCAAAAUCAAUUCUGCUACUAAUAACGGUAUUACACCACUUUACGUAGCUGCCAUCAGCGGUCAGGAAAAAGUAGUCAAAUACUUGACGACAGUCGGCGCCGAAAUCGAUUCUGCUACUAACGACGGUACCACACCACUUUACGCGGCUUCAAUGAAGGGCCACCAAAAAGUUGUAGAAUACUUGGCGACAGUCGGCGCCGAAAUCAACCGCGCUAAAGCAAAUGGUGCGACACCACUUUUCAUAGCUUCUCACAACGGCCACAACAAAGUUGUCGAAUACUUAGUGACAGUCGGCGCCGAAGUUAAUUCUGCUGCUAAUGACGGUAUGACACCACUGUACGCAGCUUCCAUCAACGGCCACCAAAAAGUUGUCGAAUGCUUGGUGACAGCCGGCGCCGAAAUCAACCGCCCUAAAGCAAAUGGUGCGACGCCACUUUUCAUAGCUUCUCUCAACGGCCACAACAAAGUUGUCGAAUAUUUAGUGACAGUCGGCGGCGAAGUCAAUUCUGCUACCAUUGACGGCAUAACACCAUUGUACGCCGCGUCCAUCAACGGCCACCAAAAAGUUGUCGAAUGCUUGGUGACAGCCGGCGCCGAAAUCAAUUCCACUACGACUGAGGGUCGGACACCACUGUACGCAGCUUCGAUCAACGCCCACGAGAAAGUUGUCGAAUAUUUGGUAACAGUUGGUGCCGACAUCAAUUCUUCUACUAAUGACGGUAAGACACCACUUUAUGUGGCUUCCCAAAACGGCCAUGGAAAAGUUGUCGAAUACUUGGUGACAGUCGGCGCCGAAAUCAAUUCUGCCACUAGUGAUGGUUGGACACCACUUCACGCAGCUUCCUUCAGUGGCCAUCAAAAAGUUGUCGAAUGCUUGGUGACAGUUGGUGCCGAAAUCAAUCGUGUUGAUAAUUUGGGUAGGACACCGCUUUAUAUAGCUUCUUUCAAUGGACACGAAAAUGUCGUCGAAUAUUUGGAGGCGGUCGGUGCCGAAAUCAAUCAUUAGCAAAAUAAAUUUAAUCAAAGUAUUUAUAUUUAGAAAUAAAGUUAUAAAAUUUCGCUUGUGAGAGAUGCUUAACUUAUUCUUUUCGUACACUGUUUUAGUUUUGUUUUAUUGGUGUGUCUAAAUUUCACUACAAUUUCAGAUACCUCAAAAAGAUUCUUCUUCUUGUCCAUUUGGAUACAUAGGGUAGUUGGGAUAUAGCUGGUCCAAGUACUUGCUGAGAUAAAACUGGUAUUGGCAAAUGGUAUACCUUCGAAAAAAAUAAAGGGUGAGUGGGCGGGGCCAAUACUUGCCAAGAUAAGACUGAUUUUGCCAAAUGAUAUACCCUCUACCCUUCAUUUUCCUAGAGGGUAUGUCAUUUGCGAAAAUCAGUUUUAUCUUAGCAAGUACUAACCCCGCCCACCCGCCCUCUAAUUUCUUAGAGGCGUUUCAUUUGCCAAAAACAGUCUUUCUCAUUUCGAAGAAAUGAGACCGAAAAUUAUUUCUGAAUAUCAAAAUCUACAAGAAAAUGUCUAGCUAAUUUUCGAAAAUAAUUGAAAAAUAGGCGAAAAUGUAGAAUGUGUCAAAAUCAGUCAUAUCUUACAAAAAGUUAGCCCCGCCCACCCGCCAUUAUUUUCUUGGAACAUAUGUCAUUUGCCAAAAUCAGCUUUUGUUUGGUUAUGUUAUAUUCAAUAAUCAUAUCUGGUUUGUUUUUGUUUUCACUAGUCUUCUGGUCUUGAUGCAAUAAAAUAAAUAAUGAAAAGAACUGUGAUAACAACCAAGACUGUUACAUUUCCUGUGAUUAUUUUAACUCUUAUCUAACAAAUGUUGCUUCCAGACUAUUAAAUAAUACAUAUACCAAAAAAAAUGUGAUAACUUUGAUACCCUUUACAUUUAAUGUCAAAUUAUAAUUAACAUUUGUAUUUGUCUUUUGAUCUAGUCAAAUUGUUGUGUUCUGUUAGUAAAGUAAGAGAACUUAUCUUUGGAUUUAAAUGAAUUUUAAUUGUUAUUAGAACAAAAAACAGAAUUGUGUUUUCUCUGUUAUUAAAUAAAUAAUCAAUCAGAACGUAAGCCAUGGUACAGUUUACUAUUGUCUAGAGAUUUGAUGAAUCGGGUUGUAACUGACAAGAAAAUGACAACAACGCAACUAUCAAGAACAAAAAAUAUUUUAGAAUCGAUUUUUUUAAAACACAUCGUAAAUCACUGGGUGACCAAGACCGCGCUACUACAGUCCACUUGGUUUUACGAAAUGUAACAACAAUGAAGCGAAAUAAAGAAGGGAAACUGUACAUCAUAUUUAUUACAAAGAUGUGUAUGAGUGGUUUAACCGUUUACAACGUGGACUUGGCAGGGUUGGUUAAAUUCUAAUAGAAACUUAAGGGAACUCACUAGUAAAUUUUAGAAAGCAGCGGAAGUUCAAUCAGUUUGACUUACACAAUUUUUUAAAAUCCGUCUAAUUUUUAUUAAUACGAAUAGAUAAUCUACACCCUAAUCAGGAUGCUUAUCCACUGACGAGUGAAGUGAUGGAAUUUUCUGCAACAACUUCCUUCUAGGCCCGAUUAACUCAGGCAAUGAAGACAAUCAUAUUUGGGGAUCAAGAUCAUUAAAAUAAUAAAAGUCUAAAAGGUUGUAUUUAUUACUUU